UCGGAGCCGGAGCCGGGCUCGCGGCGCGCCCGGGCACACUUGCAGCUUAAGCGGCGGAGGUGUUGCACGUGUCUGCGGGGCGCGACCUGGACCUGAGGCACGAGAUCGGAGGGCGCCGAGCGGACGGCGUUCCCCCUGCCGGUGUCCAGGCGGCUCUGGUCCCGGGCGGCGCCGGGACCCGCGCGGGGCGGCAGGACGAGAUGCGAGCCACCCCUCUGGCUACCCCAGCAGAUCCCUGCGACAGAAAGAAGGGGUUGGAGUCCAGUGAGGACUUAGAUGCUGAUUGUCCUACCCGGAAACGAGCUCGGAGCGGGCCCCAGCCUGAGCUGCCAACCUGCCCGCUGCCCCUGAGCCCAGCAUCUGCUCCAGACGGUGCACCUGCAGCAGCCCCUGCCUCCCGGGUAGGCCCAUAUGUCCUCCUGGAGCCUGAGGAGGGUGGGCGGGCCUACCGGGCCCUGCACCACCCCACAGGCCUGGAGUACACCUGCAAGGUGUACCCGGUCUGCGAGGCCCGGGCGGUGCUGGAGCCCUACGUGCAGCUGCCCCCCAGCGAGCUUGUGGCCCGGCCUGUGGAGGUCCUGCUGGGCCCUCGGCUCUACAUCUUUUUCUCUCGGACCUGUGGGGACAUGCACAGCCUGGUGCGCAGGCGCCGCCGCAUUCCCGAGCCCGAGGCCGCGGCGCUCUUCCGUCAGAUGGCCGCCACCGUGGCGCACUGCCACCAGCACGGUCUGGUCCUGCGCGACCUCAAGCUGCGGCGCUUCGUCUUCGCCAACUGGGAGAGGACCCGGCUGGUCCUGGAGAACCUGGACGACGCCUGCGUGCUGACCGGCCCGGAUGACUCUCUGCGGGACAAGCACGCGUGUCCGGCCUACGUGGGACCUGAGAUCCUCAGCUCCAGGACAUCCUACUCCGGCAAGGCGGCGGAUAUCUGGAGCCUGGGCGUGGCGCUCUUCACCAUGCUGGCCGGCCACUACCCCUUCCAAGACACGGAGCCCGUGCUGCUUUUUGGCAAGAUCCGGCGCGGGGCCUUCGCGCUGCCCGAGGACCUGUCCGCCCCAGCGCGCUGCCUGGUCCGCUGCCUCCUGCGGCGGGAGCCAGCAGAGCGGCUCCCGGCCUCCAGCAUCCUGCUGCACCCCUGGCUGCGAGGGGACCCCCUCCCCUCAGUCCCUUCCCGACCCCGCCGCCGCGAGGCCGACCAGGUGGUCCCCGGCGACGGACCAGGGCUGGAGGAGGUUGAGGAGGAGGAAGGGGGCGACGGGGAGCUGAGUCUCUACGGCUAGGGCCGCUCUAGUAGACUCCAGCUUCCUCUUGCCCCUUUGCAAUGAACCAAACUUAAGUGCCUUGUGGGAGGGGUGGGGGGAGAGGAGGAGCAGGUGUGCUGUGGGCACACCCGUGCACUUCCAUCCACAUGUCAGCUGGGAUGCUUUGUGUGUGCGUGUGUGCCUGGCUUGCUCUGUGUGCUGGGAAAGCCACAGUAAGCAAGGGAGGCAGGACUCCCGGCUGG